AAGCUUGGACAUGCGUCAUGUUGUCGGACGUCGGGGUGGGUGGCAGUGACCAUGUUUCGCGGGAGACACUACCAAGUACAGGUAUGUACUACUGAGAGAUCGUCUGUCCCACAGGUUGACUUCUAGCGCACCAAGGAGCUGCGGCGUCGGGUGCCUCCUCCUUGCGUUUGCUGAUAACUUGCCCGCUACCUACAUGUACCUCUACCUGUACUUACCUACCUCAGCCUGAGCCUGAGUUCUACGCUGCGACAUCACCUGCCCGUGUCCGUCAUUACUACCUGAUUUCCAUUCACUACCUUACCUCCUCCCUUGGGUACUACAUGUACCUCCUCUUUCUCUCUCAUACACACACACAUACUCGCUCGCUCCUGCAUCUACACGUUCGUUGAUUCAUACCUUAGUAAAGCUUAACUCCAGUCUUGGAUCUAUACUCAAGGUACCACUGAAGGUACCUUACUUACCUCCUAGCUCUUGAUUGUCGACGACUCAGCUGAGCCCGCCAUCGAACAAGCAAAGCCACACCAACACACGCGCCAUGGCAUUUCAAUCAUAUACUCCCAAGCCCGUCACCGACAUCUUCACACACGACACCGACAUCAAUCGUCGAGAAUGUCGACGAGUAGUGCCCAUGAGAGUUCUGGCUCUGGGACUCGGACGCACAGGCACAGCGUCACUUCGAACUGCACUACAGGAACUCGGCUUCAGCGACUGCUACCACAUGAUGUCUGCCAGCGUGGAGAACCCUCCUGACUGUCUCAUGUGGUCAGACGCUCUUGCUGCAAAGUACGACGGCAAGGGCGUGUUUGGACGCGAGCAAUGGGAUCAACUGUUCGGUCAUUGCCAAGCGGUAUGCGACUGGCCUGCCGUCGCCUUUGCAAAAGAGCUCAUCGAGGCAUACCCCGAUGCCAAGGUGCUCGUCACUACUCGCGAUGUGGACAGCUGGCACGCGUCCACCAUGAAGACUGUCCACUGGCGAGCAACCGAGCCAGAGCUCAAGUUCGUUUCGAAAUUCGAUUGGGGAGCUGGUCUCUACCAACCUAUGCUAUCGAAGUUCUGGACAGAGUUCUGGGAGGGCGAUUUCGAGAAGAACGGCAAGCGACGAUUCCGGGAAUACUACGAAGAGAUUCGUUCGCUUGUGCCCAAAGAGCAACUACUGGAGUACAAGAUGGGCGAAGGCUGGAAGCCUUUGUGCGAGUUUCUCGAAGUUCCCAUUCCGGAGGGCAAAAAGUUCCCCCGUACGAAUGACACUGACGGCUUUGUGGAUCGCUGCCGGAGGAGGAAUCGCAUGCAAAUGAUGAAUGUGUUGUUUCGCGCAACCGUGGUGGGAGGUUCGCUGGCAGCGAUUGUCUUCAGUGCCAGCAUGACCAUACGACGGCUCUUCGGCGGCCGUGGCGGUCUGCUGUCGUGAGAAUUGGUGUCGACGAGAACAGAGGAUUCACAUGAAGCCAGUACUGAAAUUACUUUGUUGAGGGCGUUCUGCGGGAAUUGCUGGUCACCAGGGAUAGAUGCAUGGGAUGGUGCAUAGGAGUAGAACUGAUGCACUUGGGAAGCAUAGACCACGGAGAAUGGGUUCGAGACCACCCCCAUAGGAGAAAUUGUGCACAUAUGUACCUGGUAUGGUUGCAGAGAGCUAUAUGGCACAAUGUCUUGCCGCACAUCGACAGUCCGGCGCCUAGCAUGCAAGAAGUCUCAAUUUGAGAUUUCCAGUCAAUUAGUAUUAUUAACUACAUGUAUUGAGCGCCAACAAUCGAC